AUGGACGAUGAGAAGCUGGUUUAUGAGGUGGAGAAGUACAAGGAACUGUACAACCCACAGAACAGAUAUUACAAAGACAUGACCAAAAGAGAAAUCAUUUGGGAGGCUGUUGGGGCAGCCCUUGGAGCUUCACGUAAGUAUUAUGUUAUUUAUAUCACCAGUAUUUACAAUUCCCAGCGAAUAUCUGGCUCCUGCAGCAUACAUUCAAUAAAUGUAUCAACUUUGUGUCAAAAUGUACUACCUUGAAAGGGCCAACACAUAGCUGGGACAGUGUGUUUCCCUUCCCCCACAUUGUCAUUAAACUCUGAGGGCCUGGAUUUAUUUUUUAUCAACAAUCUGUUCAGCUGUCUUUAUUUAACCAUAACUCAAUACUGCAGUUUUUUAACUUUUAUUUACGUAAUAACAGUUUUAUUGCGGCAAAUUUCUAGUGCAUUUAAUUCCGUUUAAAAAAUAUUUUUCAUUGAAACUCAAUAUGAACAAGGAUGACAAAGAAUUCAGAGUAAUGUUUAUUUACAGAACAUAAUGCAACAAAAAACUAAACAAAAGAUAUUACAGAUAACAAUUUAAAAUCAAAAAAAUAUGUACAAAAAGUGUCCACAGUAUACAUUUUAGACCAUGCGGUCCUGCCAGGGAACACUUCCCUCUGGAGAGUUAAAGAAGGCACUGAAUUUCUCUCGAAUUUCAUAUGCCUCUCUCCUGCCGUGAUUUCCACCCAUGUUUGGAGGAUCAACAAGGUGUUCCCUUCUUUCCUCCGCCUCCCUCAGCCACCUGUGGUUGUCUGUGGGGUUGCUGAGGAAAUUGUGAAGGAUGCAGGCAGCCAGCACAACACUAUCAACAUUUUCUGGCUGCAAAUUCAUCCUGGUGUAGAACACCCGCCACCUUGCUGCGAGAAUUCCAAAUGCACGCUCCACUACCAUUCUGGCCCGGGACAGUCUGUAAUUAAAAAUUCUCCUCCAUCUUGGAAGCCGCUGACCCGGGAAUGGCCUCAUGAGGUAGGGUUUAAGGGGGAAAGCGGCAUCACCAACCAUAGUGAAGGGCAGUGGACCUUGUUGUCCAGACCCUGGCAGAGGACAGUCAGCAGGCACACCCAGAGUUUUGGCCUCCAUACCUUUCCCCAAGUCAGAGUUACCAUAGGUGCCUCCAUCACUUGACCUGCCAAAGUCCCCCACCUGGACGUUGAUGAAUCUAUAAUCAGCGUCCACCAGUGCAAGCAGUACCACAGAGAAAGUUUUUUUAUAAUUAAAAUACAAACUCCCAGUAUUAGAUGGGGCCUUGAUGGUGACAUGUUUUCCGUCAAUAGCUCCAAUGCAGUUUGGGAAGUUCCAUUUCUUCCAAAAUCUAUCUGCUGUCUCCCUCCACCGUUGCUCUGUUAGCGGAGGAAAUUGUGCAGCCAUCAUCUUUGUCUCAAUUGCCUGGCACGUCAUGUGCACAGACAUCAUCACUGUGCUCCUCCCCAAACGGAACUGGUAAGCCAGGCUAGCAAAGCUUUCCCCAGAGGCCAGGAAUCUGUGGAAAUAUGACAAAAAUGUUAUAGAAAUACAUACAUAAUACCAAGUGUAUACAAUGCAAUGCUUUAUUAAUAUUUUUUUUUCUAUGCUACAGCUGAUGAUUGCAAGAGGAGGUGGAAGCAGUUACGAGAUGCGUAUGUGAAACAUAAAGGAAAAAAGACUGCGAGUGGGUCUGCUGGUGGCAGCCAGAAAGAAUGGAGACUGGCAUAUCUGUUCUCCUUUAUAGAUCCCUACCUGCAGCCCAGAAGGUUGGUAUUUUUAUUCCAUAUACAUUAAGUUGUAUACAUUUUUUUAUAUGAAAGCCAUUGAUUGAAAAAUACAUAUCUUGUAUCUAUUUUUUUUUUAGCACAAAAAGUACUCUCCAGCCAGAGGGUCUGAGAGAAGAGAACAUUGAGGCUGGAGACGAGGAAAUGGGAGGAUCCUCACCUCAAUCACUACAAGGGUCAAGGCCUUGCACCCCAACACCCUUGACCAGACCCUCCUCGCCAUUUCAAAGUGGCUCUGGUCAGAGGUCAGCUACAACCACACCACAAGUAACCCGCUCAGACACCCCACCACCACACCCCAGGGUGCAAGAACUUUCCUCCGACACCCAGCAAAGAAAGAGGAGACGUCAGGGCAGGGAAUAUGCUUCAGCUGCUGUGGGAGUGGAGCAGCAGCUCUUCCAGAUACUAACGGCGGAUAAAGUCAGUCCACCCCUCCAUGUCCCCACCCGUGAAGAGGCAAUGGGAUAUUAUCUACACAGUUUCAUCCCAAGAAUUAAUUCACUACCAUCUGCCCUUCAAAACCAUUUUCAGAGUGAACUUCUACGCCUGAUAGAAGGUCUGGAGGAAGAGGCAAGACAUACACAACCCCAUUCCAGUACCUGGCAGCAGCAAACCACACAACAUUUCUUUCAUGAACAUGCAUCAACCUCAAGGAGGUCAGCUGAAAUACAGCCUGCUCCUCAAUCUUUGUACUCAGCCCAUCCCCAGCAACACCCCACCCCCGCUCCCCCUACCCAGCACCGCAGACAAUCACAUACAGAACAACAACCUUUUUCCCAUGGAGGUGUGAAGAGGCCAGUGUCUUUUCUGGAGGAGCUUGAAGACCCUGAAUCUCCUCCCACAUACAAGACUCUGUGAGAUUGCUGUUUCAUGCCUGUAGUUUUAGUAAGAAGAUUAUUUUAUUUGAGGUUUGCCGUGUUAUGUAAAUAGUUUACGUUAAUUAAGCUUUGUUUUGGGACCAGUUUAUAAUUUGAAUAUUUGUAUUUUUUUUUUCCUAAAAAUUUCUUUGAAUUCCUACAUUUGUAAAUAAACGUGAGCUCUUUGUUAUUUUGGUCUUGUAUGUGUGAAUCAUUUGGGUAAAACUAACAUAGUAAUGACAACAAUUAUCAUGAUGUUUAUUACCUCAGUGUAACAGCAAGACGCUGUUGCGGAUGGAUGGCUUCUCUGUAGUUCGUGGUCAUUGUUGAUAUGUGUGGUCCAACAAUAGACAGCAGUUCUUCCAUCUUUUCAUAGCUCAUUCUGAAAUACUUCAGAUGGUGGGCACUGUCCAGGCGCAGUUCAUCAAUAAGAUGAUGGAAAACACCAUGCUGCCUUCUUCUUUUAUUGAUGGGAUGGACCCACAACCUCCUUCUCUGUCGUCGGAGCCUGCGCAGCAACAAGUAGAGAGCCAGGACUCUCCUUCUCUCCACAACAGCACACACUGGGAAUAA